AUGGCGGACAUCCAGACAGAAAGGGCUUACCAAAAGCAGCCAACAAUCUUCCAGAACAAGAAGCGGGUGCUUCUUGGUGAAGGUGCAAAGGAGAAGCUACCUCGCUACUACAAGAACAUCGGCUUGGGCUUCAAGACACCCAGAGAGGCUAUUGACGGCACGUACAUUGAUAAGAAGUGUCCCUUCACCGGUAAUGUCUCCAUUCGUGGACGUAUCCUUUCAGGUGUGGUAACCAAGAUGAAGAUGCAGCGCACAAUUGUCAUCCGCCGGGAUUACCUACAUUACAUUCGAAAGUACAACCGAUUUGAGAAACGUCACAAGAACAUGUCUGUGCAUCUCUCCCCAGCGUUCAGAGAUGUGCAAGUGGGAGACAUUGUGACCGUGGGAGAGUGUCGCCCCCUCAGCAAGACUGUCCGCUUUAAUGUCCUGAAAGUGACCAAAGCUGCUGGCACAAAGAAACAGUUCCAGAAGUUUUAA